AUGUUGUUUGUUUGUAUUAUCAGAAAAUAUUCACAAAUUGCGCUUUGAUUGAUUUCUCUAACAAGCUCUCUCUCUCUGUGGGAAUCCUUCUCUGAAUAUCCCUUGUUCCCUCUUUUUCCUUACCAAUACCAUUCCGUUACUCUAUUUCAGCUCUGCAAGUUUUGGAUUCUCUUCAAUGGCGGAUGAGGGAGGCAGCGAAGUUGCUGGUCCACCGCGCCCUGUGCUUCUCAUAUCUGCUGGUGCUAGUCACUCCGUUGCUCUUCUCUCUGGAAAUGUUGUUUGCUCUUGGGGAAGAGGAGAGGAUGGACAGUUAGGUCAUGGGGAUGCUGAAGAUCGACUCUCUCCUACACAAUUAAGUGCUUUGGAUGGCCAUGAGAUAGUCUCUCUUACUUGUGGAGCUGAUCACACUACUGCUUACUCUGAGUCUCGUGUGGAAGUGUACAGUUGGGGAUGGGGUGAUUUUGGGAGGCUGGGUCAUGGUGAUUCUAGUGACUUGUUUACUCCUCUGCCUAUACAAGCAUUGCAUGGUUUGAAGAUAAAGCAAAUAGCUUGUGGGGACAGCCACUGUCUGGCAGUGACGGUGGAAGGCGAGGUGCAAAGUUGGGGGCGGAAUCAAAAUGGUCAACUUGGUCUUGGUUCCACAGAGGACUCUCUCGUGCCACAAAAAAUUCAAGCAUUUCAGGGAGUAUCUAUCAAAAUGGUUGCUGCGGGUGCUGAACAUACUGCAGCUAUUACAGAAGAUGGGUCACUGUAUGGAUGGGGCUGGGGUCGAUAUGGAAACUUGGGCUUGGGUGACCGAAAUGAUCGCUUGGUUCCUGAGAAAGUAUCUACUGUUGAUAUAAAAAAUCAGGAUGAGAAGAUGGUGAUGGUUGCUUGUGGAUGGCGGCAUACAAUAUCUGUUUCCUCUUCUGGUGGAUUAUAUACAUAUGGGUGGAGCAAAUAUGGACAAUUAGGACAUGGGGAUUUUGAGGAUCACCUUGUUCCUCACAAGUUAGAAGCCCUGAAAGACAGUUUUAUUUCUCAGAUAUCAGGCGGUUGGAGGCAUACUAUGGCUCUCACAUCUGAUGGGAAACUUUACGGAUGGGGUUGGAAUAAGUUUGGACAGGUUGGAGUUGGUGACAAUGUGGAUCAUUGUUCUCCCGUACAAGUUCAAUUUCCCCAUGAUGAGAAAGUGGUCCAGAUCUCAUGUGGAUGGAGACACACACUUGCAGUUACAGAAAGGCAAAAUGUGUUUUCAUGGGGAAGAGGUACAAAUGGACAGCUUGGGCAUGGGGAGUCUGUUGAUCGGAAUCUUCCAAAGAUUAUAGAGGCCCUAAGUGUUGAUGGAUACGGUGGGAAACAGUUAGAAGCCUCAAAAGUUGAUCCAUCAUCAGGUUCUAUUGGAUUUUAUUUUAACAGGGAAAACCUGGGUCUCUCCGACAGAGAGAUAUGCAGUCGUUCCUGAUGAAACAGUCCAGGGGCACGCAGGUGCAGCUGUUCCGGUGAAGGGUAACGGGAGCGAUGCAAGUGUCCCUGAAAAUGAUGUCAAACGGAUACGGUUUUGACAUCCUUGUUUUUCAUCAUGUAACGGGAAUUAUCUCUUCACCUGGCUGCUGAAAUCAUUGCAUCAGCCUUUAUCAACUAGCUAAUCUUACUGACGUGUAAGUGUGCAUUGCCCAGAUUGUAAAUCCUUUUCCUAUUCUUGCAACAUAGUGUGUUUAGUCUUUUAUUUAUAGUAAUUCAGUGUGUUUAGUCUUCUUUUUUCGUCUUUUUGGGAUGGUGUGUUUAGUCUUCUUGAUCUAUAUAGGGAAAUGUAUAUCUAGACCUACUAUAUUUUAUGAUUUUGUUCAAAUGUCAUUUCUAUUUUUCAAUCAAA